GUUUUUUGGCUACUUUUACCUGGAACUUUGGGAGUACUGUUCCGAAGUCACGCUGCCAUCAAAACUCCUGUGUGAAAAGUGCCAUCUGAGCGCCGGCGGCACGUUGGCCGGGCCUCCGCGGGCUUUUCCUGCGGUAAAAAUGGCUAUGGCCAGUGAUUUCUACCUGCGCUACUACGUAGGGCACAAGGGCAAGUUUGGACACGAGUUUCUGGAGUUCGAGUUUCGGCCAGACGGAAAGCUUAGAUAUGCCAACAACAGCAAUUAUAAAAAUGAUGUCAUGAUCAGAAAAGAGGCUUAUGUACACAAGAGUGUAAUGGAAGAACUGAAAAGAAUUAUUGAUGACAGUGAAAUUACAAAAGAAGAUGAUGCUUUAUGGCCUUCCCCUGACAGGGUUGGCCGACAGGAGCUUGAAAUUGUAAUUGGAGACGAACACAUUUCUUUUACCACAUCAAAAAUAGGGUCUCUUAUUGAUGUAAAUCAGUCAAAGGAUCCUGAAGGCCUUCGAGUAUUUUACUAUUUGGUACAGGACCUGAAGUGUUUAGUUUUUAGCCUUAUUGGAUUACAUUUCAAGAUUAAACCCAUCUAAAUUAUGUGUUUUUUGAAGUUGUUUUUAUAUUUAAUUUUGGGAUAGGUAAGGGAGGGUUUGUCAUUUACAGUAUUGGGGUUUUUAUCAAUGUGAACACUUUUGUAUGCAAACUGAAAAUACCUAAAAAGGCUUAAUGGUUAACUUCACUUGGGUCCAAGUGGGUUGGAGAGUCCCCACACACAUUAAAGUCUGUAAAUAAAAGCUGUCUUUUACUGAAAUAAAAGAUAUUGAAGUCUGAAAAAAAAAAAAAAAGAAAAGUGCCAUCUGUACCAGUGAUUGAACUCGUUAAUCUCCGCUUCUAAAUCUGAGACCUUCUCACUAUCAAGGCCAUAACCUUGCUUUCACUCUUGCUGUGCAUUGUCUCUGGGGGGUGUUUUUAAUAGUUAUUCCUAAACUGGGCCUCUCCCCCUCCCUGCACCCCAUCCACUCUGAAACUGAUUUCAGGAACCUAACACAGUUCCCUCCCCUAAUAGAGCCCAUACAAGUCUCUUUGUUCUAGAUAUUUAUUAUGUUCCAUAUUUUUUGCUAGUUUAAAAAUGGAAAUUAUCUCUAUAAAGUUAACUGACCUGUUUGGAAAUGUAGUACCUAGAUGUCAGCCAUCUGUUCAUGCAAAACUGAUUUUAUCUUAAGAACUGACAGUACUUUCCCUAGCACAAAAAUUGACAAUUUUGUAAAUGCAAUUUAAAGUCAUAACCAUAAAGUAAAUAACCUUACAAAAGCUAAGAUAGCAAAGCAUGAGAGGGAGUUUUGCCUAGUUUGUUAGUGUUUUGUGAUUUCCCAUUUGUUCUAAUGACAUAGUCUCAGAUGUGAGAAAUAAAAUAAUUUAUGGGAAGGAAACUAUUUUUAAAGAUUUUAUUUAUGCAUAAAAGAACU